AUGACAUCUGAUCCAACCUCUCCAAAGUCUUUCGCUCAAUCUUUUAUCUCGAAUCCUCGCUUCCAUCGUUCCUUCAAUAUCGAAGCCACUGCUACACAUGGACCACUCGACGUCACUUUUGCCGAGUAUGGCAAAGAAGCUUCUGACUCCGAGACCGUCCCGACUAUUCUUAUGAUGCCGGGUAUGUUUUCAUCCCGGUAUCUUGGAGUCUGCUUGCACGCGAUUGCUGAGAAACAGGGCGUGCGCAUGCUGGUUGUCGAUCGACCUGGAAUGGGUGGUACUACCGAUGUCCCACUUACCGAACGUAUAUCAGUCUGGGUUGAGAUUGUACCCCUUCUUCUAGCCCAUUUAGGCAUCCAACAUGUGGCUUUAGCGUCGCACAGUGCUGGAACCUUUUAUCUGUUGAACACACUAUGGAGCUGCAGGGAUAUUCUGGAUCCUCAGAAUCCACGAGUAACACUUUUAGCUCCAUUUGUUGACCCUGCUCAUUCUGGCAUGGUAUCUCUGAAAGCAGCCCAAUUCCUCCCUGCCCCAGCCUUCAAACUUUGGCAUCACAUUCCACGCCUUUUCCUGGCCCAGGAUGGGUCCGCUACCGCAACUAGCGGGCAGAUGGUGACUAAGUUCUCUGCCAUGCUUUCCUCUGGCGGAAAUGAGGAAAAGGAUAAAAACCGUCACUACAUUGAAGAGCACUACGGACUGAGCAUGGUGCAGCAAAAUGAAAUAGAUUCGUCGAUGAUGCAAUUCAUGUUCAAGGAGAACACGGUUGGCGCGAAUAGCGAGGCUAUGCAAUGCUUGCGCAAGAAGCCUGAUCUGUGGGGAAAGUGCGAAAACUAUGAAGUCUAUGUGAGAGAAUUGGUCAAGAGGGAGAAAGAGCGAGCCCGAGAAGGAAAACCGUUGAAGGUUCAGGCAUAUUUUGCUGUGGACGAUAGUAUGAGUGGGAAGAAGGGACAGACAUAUUUCGAGAAUUGUUGGCAGCAAGCUGGGAAUGGGGAUGCGGAGGACGUGAUUAAGUUUGAGACGACGACUGUUGAGGGUACGGAUCAUGAUAGCUUGGUACAAUCUGCCAAGGUGUGGGAGAAGAUCUUUGGAGAGAUGUAG